CCCCUGCCAUCCGAUCCAAUGCAGUACUCUUCUCCAUCUCUCCAUCGCCCCCCCAGAUGGGAGGUACCUACAUAGAGUACAUAGAGUAAGUAGAUGAUCACAUGUCCACUAUAUAGUAGGUACAUAGCAUAGUAGAGUACUCCAUGUACCUAUAGUUACUUUGAUACUUUAAUACUUCCACCAAUUUGUUUCCGCCCGCCGCUUCAACCGCGAACCGCGAGGGAAGGAACGGCAGAAUGCAGUAUACCUACCGGGGGGAGAUGCGAGGACAUGCGAGGACAUGGGGCGGGGAGAGGACGGGGGGCCGGCAUGGGAGGGGCGUGGGAGAGGAUGGGCAAAGGACGGGCUGGAAGUUUUUCGUGCUUGCCGUUUCCGUUGCCGUUUCCGUCUCUGUUGACUGCUGGGUGGUGGUUGGGUGUGCUCACUGGUUACUGGUUGGUGGUUGGUGGUUGGUGGUUGGUGGUUGGUGGUUGGUUGGAUUGGAUGGGCGGUUGGUUGUGGUGAGGUUGGUUGGAUGGAUGGUUCGCUGGUGGUUGGUUAUUGACCUAGGUACCCUACUAUUAUAUCUACAUGCUCGACUCAAACCACAUGCUGGGGGGGAGGAUCCCGCAGACCUGGUCUCUGGGCUGCACUUGGUAGGUAGGAGAGGUAUUGCUUUUUCUUUUCUCUUUCUUUUCUUUCUUUUUCUUUUCUCUUUCUUUCUUUCUCUCUUUUCUUUUUGUUCCUUUUCUUUUCUUUUUCUUUUUCUUUUCCUGCUCUACUCCGCUCAUUCCCCGUCGCCUUCGCCUUCGCCUUCGGUCGUUCUGAUGGGCAAGAGGAAGGGGAAGGGUCGGGCGGCUGGCUGGCUGGUUGGUCGGAUGGAUGGAUGGACGGAUUGAUAGAUGGAUAAACGGCUCGGUGGUGGCUUUGUAGAGUAGGGAAGGGAAGGCUUCGCAUCGAGCUCCUGGAGCUGGAGCUGGAGCUGACG